AUGCGCUACUACUUGCCAACAUUGGAUAAGAAACUUGGAAAGUUGUUUGCAUGGUAUACAAGUAAUUAUCUUGUUGAUUAUUAUCCUAUAUUUAUUGCCUUUCCAAUUUUAUUUACGGGUAUUCUCGGAAUUGGUUUCGUUUGGAUUAAUGAACUUACCUUACUCAAUACUCAAAAAUUAUAUACGCCAACAUCAGCACCAGCCUGGAAGGAAGAAAGAAUUAUGCGAGAAUUAUGGCCUAUACGUAUCAAUGAAUUUUUGCCUGAAAGAACAUUUGAAUGGAAUCGCUAUUUAUACGUAAUUGUACAUGGGCGCAAAUAUCCCAAUGGUACAUUUCCAAAUAUUCUCAGUGAUUCAUAUUUGAAUGAAAUUGAAUUGUUGGAAAGAAGUAUUGCGGAAAAUGUUUCAUGCGAAAUGAAGGAUGAAUGGCUUAACAAUGCUACGACAAAAUUUGGUAGAUUUAUGUUUGAAUUGGUACGGAAAAUGUUAUCGUCAAACAAGUUUGAUCAAAUUGCUUCAAAAUCGUUACGAAUUGGAAAAGCAUGGCAUUAG